AGUGCGGUUGCAGACUUUCGGGGUGAAAAAUGGCGUCAGACGAGGUGGAGAGCACACCACAUCUGGACGAGCGCUGCACAAGUCGAUCCACGCACAUGUCUCAAGACUUUCGGACCAUCCACGCAGGCUCCGCGACGGGGAUUCACGCGCAGGUACUCAGCGGGGAUUACUGACCUCAUUGCGGACACAACGAGAGCGACAUGAUCGCCAAUCGCCGGCGAGGGAAGAGCCUUGCGAAGAAGUGACCUUCGUUGUAUGAGGAACAUGUCAUCCAUUAAGAAGGUGUUACCAUGGUUACUACAGACUCAUUGCUGCAUUUUCAUGGACAAGGAUUCAGACCAGAAGUUUACACCUUGCUCCCGGUCUCGAAAGCUAAAUGAAGCCAGACAACUCCCUCCGGCCAGGAACAUGAAGGGCUUACCGGGCAGCCGCUCCCAACACCAAAUCCCUUUACCCCAUGGCCUUGACUAUGACCCCCACGUGCAUGACAUUCACACGCACCAUGGCUCGGACUCCCGCCACACCUCCUACCUGCUCAGCCCAACAGAGAGCUGCCCUAUGGACUUCCAACAUCGCUAUUCACCACGGAGCUCCAUCCACUCAGACUGUAUGAUGUCCCCAGUUGUGAUGCCUCCUAUAGCUGUGUCCGACCAUAUCUCUAGCAGCACCUUUCCCCGCAUGCAUUACAGCUCUCAGUACUAUGAUUCAGCCACACGGGAUGACUGUGUUGCCAUCACCGCUUCUGCCACCUCACCAGCAGUUGCUGCUGCCGCAGCUGCAGCCGCAGCCUCCUCGCACCAUGCCGGUAUCAAGACCAAUCGCCUACCUGCCAACCUAUUGGAUCAGUUUGAAAAGCAAAUGCCACUACACCGGGACGGCUUCCACACAUUACAAUACCAGCGCACAUCCACCACCGCCGAACAACGCAGUGAGAGUCCUGGCCGCAUCAGACACCUUGUUCAUUCUGUCCAGAAGCUUUUUACAAAGUCCCACUCCCUGGAGGGAUCAUCAAAGAUGAAUGGCACAAAAGGUGACAUUAUAGGAAGUGGAGGAUCAGGGGGUUACCACCAUCAUGGCCAUCAGACUAACAAACAUGGUAGCAAGAGAAGCAAGAGCAAAGAACGCAAGCAUCGAUCCGGUGGCUGGUGGAGCUCUGAUGACAAUCUGGAUAGCGACAGCACCUACCGUACUCCCAGUGUCAUGUCAAGACACCAUGGGGAACAUAUCACCCAUUGUUACCCAGAUUCCAUACACGGACACCACUUUGGGGACUUGUCACUCAAGGCCUCGAAGAGUAACAACGACGUCAAGUGUAUAGCUUGCGACAAUAUGGCAAUGGCACCUGAAGGCAAAUUUAUGAAGCGGAGCUCCUGGUCGACACUGACAGUCAGCCAGGCUAAGGAGGCCUAUAGAAAAUCAUCACUCAACCUAGAGAAAACCAUGAUGCACACAGACCUAAAGCCUUCACGGACCUGUCACUAUCUACAGGUACCUCAAGAUGAGUGGGGAGGAUAUCCCGGAGAAAAGGAUGAUGAGAUUCCAUGUCGGCGGAUGAGAAGCAGUAGCUAUGUCAAAGCUAUGGGAGAGGUGGAUGAUGACAGUGGUGAUUCGGAAAGUCCAAAGACCUCCCCUCAGAAAGGCAUUCGACCGGAUGCCCUCGUCCUCAAGUCAGCCAUGCAGAGACCCCAUUUCGACUCCCAUAGCCCAGGCUACCGCUUGCAAACCAUGAGAGAAAUGCGGGCCCACCCGAGUGUUACGCUGGACCCUGCAACUACCUUCCAUCCACCGCCCUUCCGCUCUCGCAAUCAAAGUUACAUGCGCGCCGUCAGCACCCUCAGUCAGGCUAGCUGCGUCAGCCAGGUGAGUGAGACUGAGAUCAAUGGCCAGUUUGAGUCAGUUUGCGAGUCCGUUUUUAGUGAAGUAGAAUCCCAGGCUAUGGAGGCCUUGGACCUGCCGGGUUCGUUCCGCACUCGAAGCCACAGUUACCUCCGUGCAAUACAGGCUGGUUAUUCCCAAGAUGACGACUGCUUGCCUUCAAUGACAUCCUCCACUGUCACUUCAACUCUCAGAUCCACAACAGAGGGAUAUGAUGUUGUGGAUGCGACCUCUUUUCUAAAUGACGACAUGAUAGAGGAUGAUGAUGGUGCCAGCUCCUCUGCCUAUGCAGAGCUGGAGAGGCUGGAGAGAGAGACUGUGGCUGCUCGCAGCCAGCACAGUACUAGCUCCACCGUAACGGCAAUCUCGGUGCCCCCGGCAACACCACCGUCAUACAGGGUUCCCAGUGCCUCGCCCAUGGCCACCACUGAGCCACCGGUCCCCCAAGCCAUCCAGGCCUUCAAGGAAUCUGCUAACAUGGUCGCAGCCUUCAACAUGCAGUGGAAGGAUGAAAUCUCAGCCAUGCGCUAUGAGCUGGCAGAACUACGACGAGACGUCUGUGGGGAGUUGAAGACGUUCAACAGCAAUUUCUUCAACUUCACUCAGUGCUACAAUAUGUGGACUUUGUGCCGGGAGCCAUGCAGCGACGGCACUACGCAAACACAGGACAGAGUUUCCAUUGGAAUCCAAGCAGGAUCCAGCUGGUCCAUUCGACAUCAUACGCAAGACAAGUCAGUAAUGUGUCAACCCGAACCUGCGCCGUUUAGCAUCAUGGAUUUAAUGAACCCGCCUCGAAUUGAGAUCAUAGAGGGAACCCCCGAGAGCACACCGGAGGGUUCAGGCAGUCCUGCAAGCCCACUUCCAAUAGAGGACUUUCCAUGGGAGAUCAACAAAAAGCAAAGGGUCCCCAAGCCGCAAGAAAUGUGUGGCAACACAGGUGGUCACAGAAGUGCCAGUCUCGAACUUUGGUGCAGGAAGUACACCAGUGGGCCCAUGUCAUACAUGUCAAUGUCAUUCUAAUCACUCUCGUCUGUCAUUGUAUAGGACAUGGUGAGGAAGCCAUUGUAAAACGUGGUGAUUUUACAUAAAGAGGCUGUUGUUAGUCCCUUUACUCUGCAGACACAGUCUGUCAACUGUCAAACAGGUUAGAAAGUUCUUUUAACAGCCUCCAAGAGACCGCUUAAGUUUUCACCUUUGGAUUAAGGUAACGUGUGAAUGUGAGCGAGAUGGUAGCUGAUCCUUAGAUCAAUAAGUGCCAACAAGAGCAACAUUGUCUUUUCUCAAUGUCCUAGAAAAACGACUGACAAAAAUAAAAUCCUUCUCAAAAUAUAGGAAAAAUUAGAUGAAUAUCAAGUCGGUUUGUUUCUGCACAUGCAUCUUAACUCAUCUUUAUUCUAGUUUCUCCUUUUAGAAACACUAUCUUCACCACCUGCGUAUACUGUGAAUAAUUUUAUAAACGCUAGAAGAUUUUCUAAUGAAUGCAUCAAACUGAAUAAAUACGUUAAUGUUUAAGUUAUUCCAAUCAAAGCAUUCUGUCACGAUGGCCUUAGGUUUAUUUUUUGAGCCAAGUUUGAAUAUGUCCAACAUUCAAUAAUGUUUACGUGGGUUAACUAACAAAAGUAGAAACUUAACCUGAAAUCAGACAGUUUGGUAAAGACAAAAAUAGAUGGAGUAACAGUGUAGCUUGAGGUUAUGAACCUUAAAAUGAACGACAGACUGCAGCCUCACAAAAUUCAACUGAGGAAAAUAAAUGAGCACUUCAAAAUUAUCAUCAAAAGCUCCAUUUGUGUUCCGCUCAUGUUUGUACUGUAUAUAAUUGUACAAUUGUGUAUAGAUAUAUAUAUUCAAAUAUAUUCAAAUACUUACUGUGCUGGUUUGUACUGGUUGCAGUUCAAAAAUAUACUGUGAUGGAUGACCAAUGAGAUGGGUUAGUAUAGAGUAGUCAGUUUGGUUCAACAAAGCACCUUUUCCAAACUAAGGCCAUUUAUUUUUUCCAUGUCCAUCAUUUGGGUGGUAGCUACGGUCACUGAAGUGUUUGGUGCCUCAACAGUCUUUGUUAUUAUCAUUUUGAUGCAUGAGUUUACAAAUUCCCUUUGAUCGAACAUUUUUAACCUUUGCUGCUGAAAGAUCAGUCCCCAAAUGUAGACAAUCAGAGCCACUGCCGGGCUCUACCUCGCUGAUAAGUCCCCAGAGGAGCAGUAUGGUACCAGUGAAUGUACUAACACCGCCUCACUAGUGAAGGCCUAGCUGGCCUCCUGACUAAACUUAAUAGGCGGUCAUGACCUUGCUUAUGAAACAAUAGUCGCCUGUUAGCCAUUAACAUUCCCUCUUGCCAUUCAUCCACUCCAUUAUCCCGUUGUCCCACAUUAGUUUAACAAAAGUUGAGACCUAAGGAACUGAGGCCACAGAUAGCAGCAGUUUUAAAGCACUUAUAUCUCGACUAUCCAAUGACCCAGAAGAAGUCUGAUGUAUCACAGCCCUGACGUAAAUGUGAACCAGUAAAUGGGACUACUGUGCUGAAACUGAAGCAUCUUCCCUCUAUGUGCGACCAAAAGGCAAUAGUUGCAGCAAUUUGUUAGUCGUUUUUACAAGAGGACUUUUUUUUUUUUUUCAUUUUAAUUUUUCAUUUGUAGUCUGACACCCACAGACCAGUUUGAGAAAUUUGGAAUUGUUCUUGAUGGCUGUAGGCUGUAGUAAAAAUAAAAAUAAAAAUAAAAUCCUAAUUCAUCUUUUCUUUUACAACAAUCCUUACCAACAAUUACAUGGUUUGCACCAAAAGAGAAAAUGAACACAAAUUAAGUUUACUUUAUACAGACACAUUAAAAAAAAUGCUACUUAACUACUUAAUGUUUGAUGUUGCAAAAUAUAAAUAUGCCAAUAUGGACGUUUAGCAAAAGUAAUGUCAUCAAAAUACAGUAGAUGCGUAGCAGACCUGCAAACUAGCUACUGUGUCAUCAGUCUGUUGAGUUGCAGUCAACUCGUGUUUCUGUGCUAGUUGUUGUAUUGAAUGGAAUUGCAACAUAAUGGAGAUGUGUAUGAAUGUACGAGGGUCAUUCAAUAAAUAAGGUGAAUUUUUUAAUAUAAGGACUUCUAAUACAGAUACAUGCUUACAUUUUUCCCCCCGAACAUUGUGUCCCUGCACUGUCACACACUUUUCCCAUCUGUGCAAAAGCUUCCAUAUACCCUCAGUGGAAAAAUCUUUGGACUGAUGUCUCAGCCAGUCGCUUACAACUCUUUUGACUUUACAGUCACUUUCAAAUUUUGUGCCAUUUUUCAGCUGAAAUGUGGCACCAUACACAGUUGACAUUCUCCUAUGAAUUUCAACUCGUUUGUACUAAAGAUGUCCCGAUCGAUCGGGUCCGAUCACGUCAUUUUCAAAGUAUCGGAAUCGGCAAAAAAAUAUCGGCCAUGCUUUUUUUAAAUAUAUAUAUAUAUAUAUAUAUAUAUAUAUAUAUAUAUAUAUAUAUAUAUUUUUUUUUUUAUUAAAUCGUUUUCUCAUUGUGUUUAACGUUACAGACAUAAUAUGUUUCACACUUCCAGAGUCUUUAGUUUCGGCAUAAGGUUGAAUUGUCAAAUUUAUCCUAAUAACGGCGGUAAUUAAUUUUUUAAAAAAUGUAUCACGUUAAAAUAUUUAACGCAAUUAAUGCAUGCGCUGCACGACCCACUCACGCAUUGUCGCGCUCAAUCUGUAAUGGCGCCGUUUUACCCAUAUAGAGAGAUAAAAGGCAGCGUAAAAUGAGUAGAGUGAAUUUUGGCAGCCUUUGGAGCCUUUUUUUAAUUGGCUAAAGCCUUACAAUCCCUCUCCCUACAAUUAGUAAUAUCAUGGGAAGCGAUGUGGGGACGCAAGGUAGCAAUUGAUAUUUUUCUUCUUAACACCUUAUGUUAUUCCCCAACGAAGAGAAGAUAUAUCAAUUGGUAGCACUACGCACAGUCAUGGUUCCACUUCCCAUGAUGCAUUUGGGCGUGACUACAGUAUCAUUUAUUGAAAGCUCAACAAAUACACUAGAUGGCAAUAUUUAGUCACAAUAUACAAACUCACAAGUCUUUCUAUCCGUGGAUCCCUCUCACAGAAAGAAUGCUAAUAAUGUAAAUGCCAUCUUGAUGAUUUAUUGUCAUAAUAAACAAAUACAGUACUGAUGUACUGUAUGUUGAAUGUAUAUAUUCGUCCGAGUUUUAUUCAUUUUUUUCUUAAUGCAUUGCCAAAAUGUAUAUGAUCGGGAAAAAUUAUCGGGAAUGAUUGGAGUUGAAUCGGGAGCAAAAAAAAAAGUAAUCGGAUCGGGAAAUAUCGGGAUCGGCAGAUACUCAAACUAAAACGAUCAGGAUCGGAUUGGGAGCAAAAAAACAUGAUCGGAACAACCCUAGUUUGUACCCUUCAGCAACUAAAAACCUAAUAACUGACUGCUGUUCAAACCUAGAGCAUGCUUCUUGGUCGGCCAUCUUUUUUAAUCGCCACAACUCUCAAACUUUUUUAUCAUCUGCAGAACAAAUUAAAUCCAUGUGAAAAUGAAGUCAAACAAAAAAAUAAGCUUCUACAUUGGUACCUCUACUUACAAAAUGAAUUGGUUCAGCAAGUACAGUAGUUUCGUAAACUGAAAAUUCCGUAAGUAGAGACGCGUUUUCCAUGUAAAUGAACUAAUCCAUUCCACGCCCCCCAAAUUCAGACAUAAAUCUUUUAUAAAGCAUAAAAUUGCAUCAAAACAUCUAACAAAUACAUGUUAUAUUAGAAAUUGCACAAUUUUGACAUAAAAUGAGAAUUGUGCAUAAUGUAAAAGACAAAGAAUAGCGUAAAUAAUAAAAGUUAAUACAUGCAUGUAAAGCUGUCCGUAAACGAAAGGCAAAUCAAGAGGACGCUGGGAUACACACAUACACAUUCAGCAGAGGUCCCUUUUAGUCCAUUGGAUGCCAGGAAGAUGCUAGGCUUAACUCUAGGAGGUCAUACUGUAUUUUUGCCUUUCGUAUCCUGAAAUUUCGUUCGUAAGAAGAGGCAAUAUUUUCCCUUUGAGGUGUGUCGUAACCUGAAAAUUUUGUAUGUAGAGACUAGGGCUGCAGCUAUCGUAUUUAGCAGUUGAUUAAUUGAUGAACUAGAACAAUAGAGUAAUCGGAUAAGGAACAUAAAAAAUAAAUCUCAAAUGGUACAAAAAAAUUAAUCAAUGGAGAUCUAAGUACAACAACAACAACAAAAAACAGUUGGCUAACUUACAUAGCAAAAGUCCGCUAGCUUAAAUGCUAUAAAAUGCUCACCUUUUUUUUUUUUUUUUUUUUACAAUGCUCUUGACAAAUGAUUCAAACACAUAUUCCUACAAAAAACAGCUAAAUAUACCUAUAAACUAAAUUACAAAUGCAUUAAGAACUAUUACCUCAAACAAAAACUUACUUCUGUUGAUCUUAACAGGGAGCAACUGGAUUCAGCCAUGAGAAAUUAGUUAUGUUAUAUUCACUGUUGCAACUAGAAGGCAGUGUAUCCACCCAAAUCAAUAAAACUAAAAUGCAAACACUUUCAAAACAAACCAUUACAAUGCCACUUUAAUUUAAAAAAUACUCGAAGCAGCAUAAUUUAAUUCGAAUCUUUUUUCUAAUCGAAUUACUCGGGUUAAUUGAAUAAUCGUUGCAGCACUAGUACAGAAGUUCAUAAGUAGAGGUACCACUAUAUCUGUAUUAGACGUCCUGAUACAGAAAAAUUCACUUCAUUUAUUGAAUGACCCUCAUAGUUCAACUUCUUAUAGCUGACAUUGCAGGCUGACUCAACAGCACUUCAGCAGGUUACAGUUAAGGACUGCACUCUAUUCAUCCCCCAUCAAUGUCAAAUAUUCAACAUAACUCGUGACGAUCUAUUCAACGACCAAUUAGUUAUUAUGCCUACCCUUUGGAAUAAUCCGUAUGUAUGAAGAAUAUUUUGCUUUUGGCAUUGGAAGGUAAAUUUGCAGCUGAGAGGCUGUGAAGUAAUAGUUGGUGGAUGGGAAAAGGCUCAAAUUCAUUGAUGCGAUAGCCCACAUGUGCAAUACUUAAGAUUUUCAGUUAUACAUCUAUGUGUCAAUAAAAAGCAGGUUUUUAAAUAUUUCAUUGAAGGCACACGACUGUGAAGUAUCUUGCUUAAACAUUUAUAUACAGUAUAUAUGUACACAUCUAUAGUAUAUUUAAAAAAAAUUAAAAAAGACAUUUGAGGGAAUUGCAAUGGCAUUUCUCAACAAUAUUUUCUCCUUUGCUGGGGGAAAGCAAGGUGAUUUAUAAGGUGCUGGCCAAUCAUGAUGUCUUCAAUCCGUAUUCAUUCAUUCUAUGCAAAUUCUUGGUUAUUUGGUAUAUUUUUUGGGUCUGUUCUAGUUAAGUUGCUCGUGGCAAAAUAGUCUUUUCUUUGGCGACGUUUUCUUUUCUAAUGAUGUUGUAGGAAAUGCACUUGCUUGUUUUCGCCUACCACAAUCAAAACUUUCGCUUGUGAAUUUCUUUUGUUGUAGCAUCAUGUACUCGCACAGGUAGUUUUCGAUUGUUGUUGAUUUGAAAUGCUGUGCAAAUUCAUAUUUUUUUAAAAAAUGAAAAAAAUAAAUUUGAAAAAAGGUAUAUAUACUGUACAUGUAUGGAAUUCAGUAAACCUAUUUGAGUUAUCUUGAGAUUCAUUCUAUUGUCAUGGUUUUUCUAAAGAAUAUACUCAUCCCUUGAUAUGAAUAAAGAAAUGUAGCAACGAAAAUGAACUCAAUGCUCUAAAAGUAAUUCUUGAAUGAACAAAAAGAAAAAAAAAAAAGACUAAUUGAUAAAGGACAAUGGGUAUUUUUGUCAAAUUACCGUAAUUUGUGGACUAUAAGUCGCUACUUUUCCCCCCUCAUUUUGAAUCCAGUAGCUUAUAGUCUUAUUUGUUUGUUUAUUUGGGUUAAUAGGUAACACUUUAUUUGACAGUGGCAUCAUAAAUGCGUCAUAAUUAUGAAAUUACACUAUAAUGGGCUUUAAUGAAUGCCUAUGAUGGUUGUCAUUUAGUGUCAUCUGGCAAAUCUUACAUCCAUUCAAAAGUGAGAUAAUUUGCCGGAUUACACUAAAUCACAUCUGCCAGAAGCAUUAAUGCUCAUAGCAGUGUCACGUCAUAGUUAUGAUGGUUUUAUGACAGUCUUAUGGCGCUACUAUCAAAUAAGGUGUUGCCAAAUACCAUAAAAAGUAAUUAAUGAAACAACUAGAACAGUAACUGAAGAAAUAAUUAGUAUAGGACAUGAAUUUUGAUUGUAAUUAACAUCUGUACCGCUGCAAUGCAUGCUAGGAGGCAUGUUGUGCGACAACAAUGUUGACAGCAUGUGGCAGCAGAGGUUGACUGUCCCCUUUAAGGGAGCAGUGAUGGCCAAAUGAAGCUUUUUGAAGCAACAAAGCUUUGCAGUCAAUUGGUUCAAAGCUUCAUUUGGAUCAUUUGGUCUUAUGGCAGUCUUAUGAUGCCGCUGUCAAAUAAAGUGUUACCGGUAAAUAGUUUUGGGUGUAAAUAGCUCAUGAUACAGUGAGGACAGCUGCAGCUUAUAUUCCAGUGUGGUUUACUGGAAAAAAAUGCCGUAUUUUUGUGCCAAAUUUGGUGGGUGGUGGCUUAUAGUCAGGUGUGCCUUAUAGUCCAAAAAUUACAGUAUAUCUAUAAUUGGCUGUUUAUUCAUCCCACCAUAUUUGUUUGAACAGUGUUGAGAAAAUGUUGUCAUCCAGAGAUCUAAUGAAAUGACUGUGCCAAAUGUAUGACAGUAGUUAUUAGAACAAAAAUCUCUGAAUGGAUCUUUGACGUACCUGAAAAGCUCCACUUAUUUAUUAUGCCCUUGGUUGUCAUGCAUUUCUUCACAAGCAAAUGUGCUUCUCUGUUUUGCAUCAGUUAUGAUGCAAUUUUCAGGGAUCUCAGACUGCAGUGUUUCGUGAAUCAGAUUCGGUCCAUGUUCUAGAACAUCCCUUUGAAUACAAUUGUUUAGCCUUUAUUUGUUAGCUUGUGCUUACAUUUUGUAACUGAAUGAAAAGUGUAAUACUUUUGCUUUCAAAUUCUGUUUGCUUACUGUGGUGUUUUUCCAACUUUUCUUGGCCUUAUGUAUUUUUCAUAAAUUGAUAUAAAAAAACUGAAUUAAAAAUGCUUAUAAUGUUUAUGCUGAUGCUAAUUUAAUGGGGGUCAUAGCUUUACAAUGUUUAACAAUUACAUCCAACAAAAAUGUCGCACACAGCCAGUUGUUUUCCUUUAAACACAUCAGAAAUACUUCACAGCUUUCCUCACACGUUUUUUUUUUUUUUUUUUCUUAAUGAGAAGGUGUCAUUUUUUUUGGUUGGUUAUUAUUUCCUUUUGCUUU